UGCUGCUGCCAUUUCAUCAGCAGCGAAAGCCUCCAAAGCCCGAGCAAACACAGAAAUGAUACCGCGGGAUUUCCCUCUCACAGCCUCGUAGUCAUCCUCUCAGCUCGCGGGCUCGAAACCGAGAACAGAGGCCUGCUCGUAGUUUAUUCGCGGCUCCGAGCGAAAGCGCAAGAUCCGUUUUUUCUGGUUGCACCUGCACUUGGAUGCGUUUUCUCCUUUCAGCGCUCGAUCGGGCCUGAGAUUAAGGAGGAAGUCAGCCCUGAGUCCUCCGGGGCCUGCCGCUCACCAGCCUCUGUGAUCCAGCUUCCACACAAACAUCGAGGCUUCGCUGCUUUUGGGUUGUUUUUGCGGCUCCCUGAGCAUCGAUCCCCCGGACUAGCCUGUGUCAUGGAGCCCUCAGCAGCCUGAACAGCGUGACAAGAGCGACCAUUCUGUCCCGAAGCACUUCACUGCUGAUCCAACUCGUACCACAGCAAGCAGACCAACACUUACAAACGCACCGGGGAGAGCUGCAGACCAAGCCAAGUCAUGGAGGCAAUAUGGCUCUAUCAGUUCCGGCUGAUCGUCAUUGGGGACUCCACGGUGGGCAAGUCAUGUCUGAUCCGGCGGUUCACGGAGGGUCGCUUCGCCCAAGUGUCCGACCCGACCGUCGGAGUGGACUUCUUCUCCCGCCUGGUGGAGAUCGAGCCGGGCAAGAGGAUCAAGCUGCAGAUCUGGGACACCGCUGGUCAGGAGCGCUUCAGGUCUAUUACCAGGGCUUACUACCGUAACUCUGUGGGUGGGCUUCUCCUCUUUGAUAUCACCAAUCGCCGAUCUUUCCAGAAUGUCCAUGACUGGCUGGAGGAGGCUCGUAGUCAUGUCCAGCCACAUAGCAUCGUAUUCCUAUUGGUGGGCCACAAGUGUGAUCUGGAGGCACAGCGCCAGGUGACCCGCCAAGAAGCAGAGAAACUGGCUGGGGCAUAUGGGAUGCGCUAUGUUGAGACGUCGGCCCGUGACGCCAUCAAUGUGGAACACGCCUUCACUGAGCUGACCAGAGACAUCUUCGCCCUGGUUCGGUCUGGUGACAUCACCAUCCAGGAGGGCUGGGAGGGUGUGAAGAGUGGGUUUGUGCCCAACGUGGUUCACUCAUCCGAGGAAGUGACCAAGAGUGACCGCCGCUGUCUCUGUUGAUCUGGGAAGACUGAAGAUAGGGGAGUGAAGUGGAUCAGAGAGGGGUAGCUGACGGACUGAGGUGUCAGCCCUCUGACUGAAAACUGGUGGUAACCCUCGUUGUUCUUUCUUAGAAAAGACACAGAAAGGGAUGUCUGGCAUAUUUUAACAAAAAGGUUGGUAGAUCGUGGAGAAGAACACCUUGAAUGUGGGUGUAAGACUAAAAAUGGUUGCGCCCAUCAAUGAUGCUCAUUUGAGGGCUCCCAUGAUUGAAUUCCCUUUUCUUUUGUUCCUUUCCUGAAUAAACCUCCCUUGCAAAAGCCUUAGAAAGAUGAUCCAUUUCAUGUUUCUUCUUCCGUUUAAGUCUUCGGUCACCUCUCUGCACCCUAGCCUUCUCCUCUCAAUAUGCAAUUACACGAUCACACUGAAAGCUAUCACUCCUAUGUUAGUGUCCAACAUCUUUUUCUGCAUUUUCAGUGUAGUGUACUUCAGCCUCAUUCGUUAUUUCUGUUGUGUUAGCAUCUACAGUACUGUGCCAAAAUCUUGAGUCAGCCUAAUGUUUUAAAUAUUGUGUUUGGAAAAUGGGAAAUAGUUGCAAUAAUGUACUAAAAUGUGCAAACACACAAUGCCAAGACUGUCCCACUCUGCUUCAGUUAUGUUAAGGUCUGUGCUCUGGGGAGGCCAGUCUGUGACUGAUAUUGCUCCACUGUGUGCUUUUCUAUCCGGACAUAUUUGUACUGCAUAGGAAAUGCUUUUGGGAUCAUUGUCAUGCUGAAAAAAGCUGUUCCCCAUCAGAUGCUUUCCAGAUGAUAUUGAGUGGUGGAUCAUAGCAUCUAUUUUGACAAAAUCUCCAACACCACUGGCUGAAAUGCAGCCCCAAACCAUGGCAGAGCCUCCAUCACGUUUUACAGAUGGCUGUUGGCACUCACUGUUGUACUUCUCUACUGAUGUCCAUUGUACAUGUGAGAAUUUGAACCAAAAAUGUGAAAUUUGGAUUCAAUGGUCCGUAGUUCGGUGGCUUAACAACAACCCCCCCACCCCCGAAAGACCUUCAGAAAGGCUGGACAACUAUUGCUCGAGACCACAUAAAAAAAUUACAAGAAAAUCUGGCUCCAUGAAAGCAAAAUAUAGAGAAAUGAGAGGCGACUCAAGGUUUCUGCACAUUACUGUAUCUCCAGUUUCAACCAUCAAAGCUCAAUGGAGACGUCCUGGAGGUCCUAAAUAUAUCAAAUGUGAUUUUGUUGCUAUUUUAUUUAACUUUGAAGCAGUUUAGGCCUCCUGUAAGCUCAAUGACAUUGACUACAUGGUUACAUCCACUAUCAUUUUGCUAAACACCAUACAAGAAAAGUCAACGUGUACAGCUGUCUAACCCAGGUGGACUCUUGUAAAAAUUCCUGAUGGUUUACCUUUCAACGAGACACUUGUUAAGGUGGAUUAACAGGAGAGAAAUGGAGCCAAAAAGCACCUUAGUAACCAAGUUCGUCUUAAAUGUGGUACCAUUUGGGACAUUUGAAGAGGGAAAACAAGCGACCUAGGAAAAAGAAACACAUACACUGGAAAGAGAUGCACUGAGGGGAAACUUGAAAAACGGACUCCACAAAAGAACCACAUUACCCACAAUGCAAGACGAGACAAAAUGAACUGAAGCUUCAGAUACAGGGGAUACUAAUUUUUUUUUCUGAGCAAGUAGUAUACAAGUUUUUUAAUGUGUGUGGGUAAGUGUAUCAUAUCUAACUUUUGUUUUUAAUUUAACACAAAGCUUCAAGUGGAUGUUACUGCCAUGAUUACUUGAGUUAUACUAUUUAUAAGAUGGCCAUGAAGGUAGAUUUAAAACAAAGGUGAACAUUUGAGAUCUCAAAUGACUAUAUUUCAAACAGUCUGAAUUUGAAUGUGGAUAUAUAAUCAUUAAAAUGCUGUUAAAAUAUGUUUAUGUGUGACCUAGAGGUUUAAGAAAGUGAAAUUUUAGCCACAUUUAGCCCAAUUUUACUAUAAUUUUGACCUUGAUGCAAAAUUCAGUAUUUGUGGGAUACUUGAAUGAUUAAAUCACAGUUGUCUGCCUUAUGUUAUAUUUACUUUUACGGGAUACUUUUAUUAAAUUUCUUUUAAAGGCUUAAAUAAUAAAUAAUUACAUCAUCAUUAAGACCAGAGGUACAGCUACUUUGCCAUGAAUGGAAAUACUGGUAGACAGACCUAACCACAAUAACAAAUUAUUAUUUAUGCACAUUUUUUUUACAACUUAAGCAAGAAGUAAGAUGUUAACGUUUUGCACAGAGACUAGCUAAUUGCUAAGCUAAGCUAACAGCUGCUAGCCUCAUCGGUCCUUUGACUGAACAUAUUCUGCAAAAAACCCGAUUGCUUUUAAAGUAAUUUUACUCUUAAAUUAAUAUUAUUAUUUUACACUAUUACAGUUUUUUUUUUUUAAAUACCAGACAACAAACAAAAACAGUCAGUAGUUAGGAAAAUCAGCAGGCAACUUUCUUGCCAUUUAUAUGACAUGUUCUGCAGAUAUCAGCACUGGACUAAAUAUAAUACUCUGCUUACCCUGACCUACAUACCCACACCAGUCACUUUGUUAGGUACACUUCAAAUACCCGUUAAUGAAAAUAUUUAACCAGCCAAUUUUGUGGCAACAAUGCAAUGCAUUUUAGGUGUGUAGACAUGGUCAAGACAACCUGCUGAAGUUUAAACUGAGUGUCUUAAUAAAAAAAGAUAUCUGAUUCCAACACAGGGUUGGAGUUACAUGUUAGACUGCCUUUAGUGUGCACUAUCAGAAUGGGGGAGAAAAUUAAUUUGAGUGACUUUGAACAUGGGAUGGUUGUUGGUGCCAUGUAGACCAUCUGAUUAUUUCUGUUGCUCUACUGGGUUUAUAGAGAAUGAUGAGAAAAAGAGAAAAUAUCCAGUGAGCUUGAGUGAAAAUGCCUUGUUGAUGUCUGAGCUCAGAGGAAAAUGGACAGACUGCUUUGAAAUCACAGUAAUUCAACAGUAAACCACCCAGCAGAACCAAAGUAUGCAGAAGACCAUCUCUAAAUGAUCAAUAUGGAGUACAGCAGCAGAAGACCACACUGGCUGCCAUUUUUGUAGACUAAGAACAGUAAGAUGAGGUUACAAUUCACACAGGCAAAGUCAGAUGAUAGAAAAUUCGAAAACUGCUACCUGGUCUGAUGAGAUUUGGUUGGUAGGGUCCCAAUUUGCCAUAAACGACAUGAAAGCAUGGAUCCACCCUGCCUUGUUUUAACAGUUCAGACUGGUCAUGUGUAACGGUGUGGCGGAUAUUUUCUUGGCAAACUAUGGGCCCUUCAACAUAAAUAGAGCAUACUAGGGGUGAUGGAACACCACGGCCCACCUGAAUACUGUUGCUGACCACGUCCAUCCCUUUAUGACCACAGUGUACCAUCUUCUGAUGGCUGCUUCCAACAGGAUAACACACCAUGUGACAAAGAUCAGAUCAUCUCAAAGUGGUUUCUUGACCAUUACAAUGAGUUCACUGCACUCAAAUAGCCUUCAUAGUCUCCAGAUUUCAGUCCGACAGAGCACCUUUGGGAUGGAACAGGAGAUUCUCAUCAUGAAUUGGCAGACGACAAAUCUGCAGCAACUGUGUGACGCUGUCAUGUUAAUAUGAACCAGAAUCUCAGAGCACCUUGUUGAAUCUAUGCCCAGAAGAAUUAAAACUAGCAAGGUGUACCCAAUAAAGUGGCUGGUGAGUGUAUAUGAGUGUAAUUAAAGCCAUUUUAAACAUGGAGAAGGAACAUAGACGGUUAUAGGGUUCUUAGCAAUUAAAUGUACCUUAAAAUACUCAUCUAAAGCACCUGGAUUGUUUGGUGUACAUGUAGAUAUCUAUAUAUCAUUUUGAAAAAUUUCCAUGUUUUUUCUUUCCUCUCUGUCUCUUCUGUGUAACUGGGAUGCUGCUGUAGAUGUAGGAAACUUACGGUUUGAUUAAAUGUUUUACUCUGGUCUGUUAACCAGAUAUACAUUCCUGCUAUGAUCACAGCACUAAUUAUUCUUUUUCUUUUGUUUUUUUAAAUGAAUGAGCAUUACAGUCCUCUGUUGGCCAGUGAGGAUAAGUAUAUGUCUUCAUUUUCUCACAUGCCUUCUUUUUAAGUGUUUCCAAAGAGUUUUGUGUCUGUCAUUUUAUUUUUACAUGAAUGUAUCGGUAGGGGGGGAUUUUACACUGAGUUGUCCUAUUAGAGGAAUAAUUUCAAGUCAAAGCAAAACACUCCUCUGAAAGCUUUGAAAAGUGAUGUACAUGUUUUGAGAGUUUAUGAGAAACUAUUCUAAUUAUAAUAACCCAUUUCCACAGCUAUACACACUGCAUUAUUCCUCAUUGAAGUGAGUGAAAUGCUGUCGCCAGACAGAAAAGAUGGAUCUUCAGAAAAGUCCUUACAGGAAUAAUAAAAAAGCCUGAGCUCUCUCUGCUUGAGGUCCUCCUGUUUUUGAAAUGUUUGAUCUCACAACCGCUUUAAGAAGUGUUUCCUUCCUCUGCCUUGCUGUAUCAUUAGGGAUGGGAAUCGAGAACCGGUUCUUGUAGAAAACUGGUUCCCAGUAGUCCAAGUUCUUUCUAUCGUUCCCACAUAUUGGUUCUUUCUCUUCUACUAAGAGAAAGAUCUUAGAGAUGUGUGUCCUCAUUAGGGAUUUGUGUUGGUAUGUGGGGCCUACUCUUAUGUUAUUACAUCAUCAUUAAGACCUUUAGUCUCUACAGAGUAAAGGCCCUUUUACAUCGGACGCGCAUGCACUGCGCCAAAAUUAGUGCUGCACUGUCCGCUGUGGUUUGCUUGUAUGUAUUUUUUUGUGGAGGCUCUGCGUGUACUAUGCGCCCGCUACUUGUCAUUUCAAAACAUGUAUCGCUCUGACUUUGUAUCCUCUACGAGAGUUUGUGUUGUAUUAUGCUCAAAGUUCCCAAGUGGAUUUCAUUGAAUCGACAGUUUAGAAGGUUUGUGUGGGUUACAGUCGGUGCAGUGCUCCUCCUCAUGGGUGCCAAAAGCUUUGUCAGCAGAUGCUGUCUAGCUUUUAGACCGGCGUGGCUGGAGAGACAGAGUACAGGUUUUCAUCUACUUCCACAUAAAGAAGAGCAUAAAGUCUGCAGGUUGCAGCUCCAGCACAGUUUGUCUUAUACUCUCACGAUGAUUUUCAUGAAGGCCACAAGAUGAAACAUAUCAGUCAGUUAAAUAAAUGAUAUAUAAUACAAA